AUUAAAAAAAAACUGUCAGUCGGGAAAGGGACGGCCAGCCUCCUGCUUUUUGGCUACCAUAGACUCCCCGGAUAUACACUAUAUUCAAGAGCAGGGCAUAGAGAUCCGGAAAGCGGGACCGCGGCUGCCUGGGGGAAGCGAGAUUACCGGCUAGAGUGCUCCUUCCCCAGUUUAAAGUGAUAGGGUUUCGGGACCCGCUACUUUUGAGAUAUCUGUAUGGUUCAUGUUUCCUAUCUGGCAGGGAAUGGGGAGAAAUUCCCAACAAGCAACAGGAGAGGGUCCUCUCGUAUUUGAGGCGCCAAAUAGAUAUGCAGCCUGCUGGGCCAAUCUAGAUUUAUUGCAAUAAAAUGUUUUUUAAGCUGCAGCAAAAAAAAAAAAAAGAUGGUGUGACACUGGGGCAUUAAAGGAUUCAUCUUGACAUACCUUGAAGGGUCGAGCUAUAUCGAUGUAUCAGAACUCAACUUAUAAAAUGUAUUUUAAAUGACUUCUGUUUAUUAAAUACAAGUUGGAAAGCAGGUUCAUUUACCUAAGGAAGGACUGAUCAUGCAACCUUUGGACUCGGAGAGAGCCUUAAUUAAAAUCACCCACUGUGACAAAGACAUUUUUGGCUGCUUAGUUCCCAAGAACUGUCCAUUGUGUGGGCAAAGAUUGAUUUAUGGAAGCCUGGAAGAAGCACCUGUUAGUAUUCCAAGCCCAUUUGUUAAUGGACACCGAGAAAGAUGUUCUUUUUUACUGAAGCCCACUAUAGGAACAUUUCUAAGAGAUUAUGAUGGAGAUUCUGACCUUCAUGUUGGAAUAACUAAUACCAAUGGUUUGGUGUAUAAUUACAAUGAAACUGGUAUUACCAUUGCUGAAUAUGGCUGGGAACAAUGUGUCAGCAUUCCACUAGUGAAGCCUGAUAUGUAUGGCCUCCUUAACCAAUGGGAUACCUAUCUAGAACAAUUUUCAGCAACAGAUAUUUGGCUUCCACACAGGUAUGAAGAAUGUUUCCAUAAUUGUUAUACGUAUGCACUAACAUUUAUUAAUUGUGUGCUGAGUGCCCAAAAGCAGCAGCAAAUGAAUAAAAAUGAAUUUACAGAGAAAUUUGUAAUUCCACAAACAAGAAAAGCUUCCAAAUAUAUCACCAUCUACAAGGAAAUAUGCAAGAACGGUUUUUAUGUUGUUGACCAUCCUGCUCAAAAAGGCAGUACUUCUACCAAUGCCAUUUGACUUUAGGCCGAAACACUUACUGUAAGUAAAAUUAAAAUAUUUGAGUUAAGACAUAAGGUGUUCUUAUCUUGUUGUAAGGAAAGUGGAAAACAUUAUCAUCAUACUUAAUUGGACAGAAAUCCAAGAAAAAUCAGAACUAUUUCCUAUUAUCCAUGAAACUGCAGAAACUGAAUCAUAAUGUAAUCUUUCUAAUAAACAUCUUUAUUUAGCAUUAUUUUAAU